UGCACCCGGAUUCGGAAAUGUUGGCUUGGCAAACAACUCUUUCUCUUUCGCGCCGGCUUGCCGCUACAGUGCGGAGGACGAGCGCGAGGCUUUUGUCUGCAGACGUCGAACCUCGGAUGCCACCAUGUGACUUCGAACCACUGCCGUUUGAGGGCAUGCCGAGAGACAAAGUGAAGGCAGUUAGGUCGACCAAUCUGUCUCCUGCUGUCUUUUCGUAUUACAAAGAGCCCUUGUACGCUUACCAGGGUCACAAACAAUGGUUGUUUGAUUCAGAAGGGAAACGUUAUCUUGAUUUAUUUGCUGGUAUUGUUACUGUUGGCGUUGGACACUGCCAUCCCAAAGUAGUUCAAGCAACAAAGAGGCAAAUAGACAAACUUUGGCACACUACAAAUAUUUAUUGGCAUUCAACCUUACAUGAAUAUGCUGAGCGAUUGGUGGCUCUUCUUCCCGAAGAUCUCAAUGUAGUCUACAUGUGCAACAGUGGCUCAGAAGCAAAUGAUUUGGCCAUGCUGAUGGCUCGUCUUCACACAGGUGCUUUUGACAUCAUAUCAUUGAGGAAUGCUUAUCAUGGUAUGAGUCCAUAUACAAUGGGAGUGACUGCAUUAGGAAAUUGGACUCAUCAGCUGCCUAAUGGAUUUGGUUGCCAUCAGACAGUUAAUCCUGAUGUGUAUCGUGGACCAUGGGGUGGAUCAAAGUGUCGUGAAUCUAUUUGUCAAGUUGCAGAUAGAAUAUGCAGUUGCUCCCCUGGUGAAUGCGUUGCAAGUGAUAAGUAUGUUGAACAACUGGAUGACAUGAUGAAGCAUAGCAUGCCGAAGAAGAUUGCAGGAUUUAUGGCUGAAUAUAUUCAGGGUGUUGGAGGUACCGUUCAUCUUCCCAAAGGAUUUCUGCCAGAUGCUUACGAGUUGGUACGACAAAGGGGUGGUGUCUGCAUAGCAGAUGAGGUUCAAACUGGGUUUGGUCGGGUUGGAACACAUUUUUGGGGCUUUCAACAGGCAGGAGUCAAACCUGAUAUUGUUGUUUUAGCUAAGUCAAUUGCCAAUGGAUUUCCAAUGGGUGCUGUUGUCACUAAUGCUACGAUAGCAAAAUCUCUUACUGGAGCGCUUCACUUCAAUACUUAUGGAGGAAAUCCUAUUGGAUGUGCUGCUGCCAUUGCUGUUCUUGAUGUAAUAGAAGAGGAAAAGUUGCAGGAGAGAUGUCGUACAGUAGGGGACUACUUCAUGCGAAAGCUGUUGGAAUUGAGAGAUGAAUACGCAGUGAUUGGAGAUGUACGUGGCACUGGGUUAAUGCUGGGAAUGGAGAUGGUUGAUGACCAGGAAACAAGGAAGCCAAUGGCACCCCAAAGGGUAAAUGCUUUGUGGGAUGAUACAAAGGACCUUGGCAUUCUUGUUGGGAAGGGUGGUCUGUAUGGCUCGACGUUUAGGAUCAAGCCACCGAUGUGCAUCACAGAAGAAGACGUUGACUUUGCCAUCGCCGUCUUUCGGAAAGCUCUGAAUCGUCUGUAGUAUAGUGAUAUUGCAGGACAAGCCCCGUCCCUAUCAAUUCACGUGAUGAAAUGAUUGAAAUGCGAUACGCAUGGUUUGAAUACCGUCCAAUUAAUUAUGUUAGAUAUGUACAUGUUAAGUUGUGUGGGACGUCACUGUACAGUACAGUGUAUGGUACCGUA